AUGUCACAAGUCAAAUUAUACAUUUGGGUACAUAACAUCACAGUUUUAGAUUGGGUCCCACAAAGCCCAAAUUUAAACACAAUCGAACAAUUGUGGGAUUACGUUGACUGUCAAGUUCGAGAAAGGAAACCUUUACCUUUAGAUUGA